AUUCUCCAUCCAGUCAGUGUGGAUUCAUAAUAAGGAGAAAAAUGAGCUUACUACCAGGUUCCACGGCAUUUAGAGUGCCGAAUUCCAAAGCCGAAGAAGAUUCCCUUGCCGCCAUCGAGUUGGCAGAACAGAUUGGCUAUGUUAUUUUUGCCCCUACCAUUAUCGCCGCCGGUAUUCUCGGCUCUUUGGCCAAUCUGUUCAUAUUGAAUGAUGGGAAGUUUUCCAAUCGGUUCUACACAUACCUAAAAGGCUUGGCAGUGGCGGAUCUCUGUUUCCUGUGCUUCGCUGUGUCCGGGAUUAUUCAUGUUUUCCAAAACCAGGCAGAUCGGAAGGAAUACGGUGGGAAUAUCAACUACAUCAAGCUAUUUUACGAAGCCCAUUUUGAAAAUGGUAUCAUCAAUGGCUUCCUAGCCUCAUCCGUGUUCAUCAUCGUUAUGAUGACGAUCGACAGGUAUUUGGCGAUCAGUCAUCCCACUCUAUAUCGGCGACGUCGAUCCAGCAACUCACCCCUGAAUUCCCCGAUCAUCGACAUUGGAUUGGCCUUUUAUGCCGGAAUGGUGAUUCAAGCCCCCAGAUACUUCACUCUGUCGAUCCAAAAUAUUGAUUGUAUCGUAGCCAAUCGGAACGAGACUUUUUCGCCCCUUUGUAAAUGUGAGAAAUCCCAAGACGAGAACGGCGGGUUCACUUGCGUUUAUAUCGGGGAGGAGGUGGAAUCCGUCACGGAAUCUGCCGUUUGGAUCACUUACGUCGUUCUGAUCGAGAUCAUGAUGCGAAUCGGGCCCUGCGUCCUUCUGGUCACGCUGAACAUCCGGAUGAUUCAAGACUUCAAUGAGUCUCUGAGACGUCGGCGUCAGCUGAUGGCCUCUUGUUUCAGUGUGACCUCCUCGGCCUUGUUCCCCAUGAUUGAAGGGGACGGCGAAGACCCCGAAAAUCCCGAAACCUCGUCGAGUCUGUUUUCAAUGAAGAUUCCCAAACGGGUUCGGUACUUGUCUGAGAACUCGGUGAGUUCCACGGAGCCUUCGAAUAAAGCCAAAACAAUGUUCGGACUGGCUCCAUCCAAAUUCAUGCCAAAUAUCUCUAAACUCCGGAGCAAGUUGGAAGGAAGCGAAGAUGCCCGGAACCAAUCUUUGAUGAUGUCGAGCAAGGAGAAGAAUGUCAUCAUUGUCUUGGGAGCUAUAUCGGUGGUUUUUGUGGGUUGCAACAUUCCACAAUCGAUCUGUCGCAUUUUGAUAUCCCAAAAGUACGAGUUUAACACUGCAUUUCAAGUUUUUCGAGUGAUUGCGAAUAUCCUGGAGCUAUUGAAUGCCUCUAUGAAUUUUUUCAUAUACUGUCUGUGCAACCAAGAAGUGCGUGAGCGUGUUAAGCAAUUUGGAAUCUGUUGUAAAGGACAACUCUCGGGAAGGAAAAGAGCCCUUUCCAUUUCAAAAGAGGCCUCCUCGGAUGCAUUAAAAGAGAUGUUUCCAGCAGUUUUCCAAGGUCCUUCCAAAAUCAAGGGAAAGAAAGUACUAACUCCGGAAGAACUGAGGGAAUAAAUUUAUUAUUUCACGCCUA